AUGUUGCGCCUUCGCAAUCAAGAGCAAGAAACCGAAAAAGAACACGCGGCUUUCAGAGAGCGCAUGCAAUUUCAGUCGGCCGACUUUCAUCAAUUUCUCGCGGAAACAGCUAGAACCUCUCCAAAAGUCGCGGUGCCUUCUCCAGCUUGGGAAAGCAUCCCCUUUCCUAUCCCUGUAAGAACCCCUACCAUUGUCGAGGAACCUGAUAAUCAGCAUUCCGAGAUGAAUGCCAGUUUCGAUGAGAUUCAAGAAGUUCCUCGUCGUCAAGCCACUCCAAUGGACUUUGGACUUGGUAGUCAACAGAAUCAAGCAACUCUUGACGUUCCAACUUUUAGCUUUGACCGUCCAUCUUUCGAUGACAACAUCAGAAGCAUUGAGCUGCAGUCAUUCCCAGAAAGUGAGCUUCGUACCAACGCUGAACAUGCUGCCGGUGACCGAGAGGCAAUGAUUACUGUUGGUGCAGUCUUUGAACUUCUACGCAAUCCGUCGGAUGUUCGUUAUCCUUUUGCCAGAGCUUCUAACAUGGCUGCUGUUCAAAACACUCCCCACUCCGACUAUAACCGCUCCGGUACUCACGUUGAUACUUUGGGCGGAUACGACGAUGGAUCUUUCAACCAAGCUGGUGUUGGUGCUAAGGAUGAAAAGGAAGACAGAAACUGCUUGUUUUUGCCGUUUGGAUGGAUCAAACGCAAGCUUAGUAACAUCCGUCACCUACUCUGA